AUGGAGGACCCUACUGUAAUGGAGGAGGGGGUAGAGGACUUGGCCAUUACUACCUCUGUCACCACAUCAAUCCCAUUUGACAGCGUCACCAUGGAGCCAGGCCUGGCCAACGAGGAUGGGGUGGAGGACCAAGCUGUAGCCAUGGCAGACAAGGAUGCAAGCUUAACCAGCAUAGCCACGGGGUCAUCCACUGACACCAUAACAAACACUGAAGUCAACCUAGCUAUGGCAUCAUCCACACACAGUGAAGCUAACUUAGCAAUAGCUUUUUCCACUGACGCCAUUACAAACAAAGAAGCGAGUGGAACCAUAGCCGUACCCAUGGAUAGUGGGAAAAACCCUGAUGCUAAGCCAGCCAACCCACCCAUAGCAUCAGCAUCUUCAUCACCAGCUGCCACCAUGACAAACAGUGGUGCCAACCCAGCCCUCCCCUCACCAUUCUCAUCAACUGCUGCCAGUGGCACCGCCCCCGGAGGCCUGCAGCCUGAGGAGGGAGGCCUCUCAGCGGUAAGGUCAUGCGGUAGUGUGGGGGUCACUCUGGAGAACAGCAAUGUCUGGAGGGAGUUCCACUGCUGUGGAACCGAGAUGAUCCUCACCAAACAGGGCCGGCGGAUGUUUCCCUACUGCCGCUACCGCCUGACUGGUUUGGAACCAACACGCCGGUACUCCCUGGUCCUGUCAAUCACCCCCGUCGACACAUACCGCCAUCGCUGGAACCUGAAGGAGUGGGAACCCAGUGGUCCUGGAGAACCACACACCCAGGCCUCAUGCCGACUCUUCCCCCACCAGGACUCAUCAGCCCUGGGGAAGGUCUGGAUGGCCAGCCUGGUCUCCUUCUAUAAACUCAAACUGACUAACCACUUCCUGGACCAGGAGGGGCAUGUGUUGCUGCACUCCAUGCACCGCUACAGGCCCAGUUUACACGUGAUCCCCGUCGCAGAUGGAGACGACCUUGGCUUUGACCCUAAGCUGCUUGACCUCCAGCUCCUCAGCCCAGAGGUCAUGACAUUCACGUUCCCGCAAACCGAGUUCUAUGCCGUGACGUCGUACCAGAACACCAGGAUCACCCAGCUGAAGAUAGAUUAUAACCCCUUUGCUAAGGGCUUCCGGGAGGACAGCGGCAGCCUGCGCCUCGCGAAGCCCAGGCCGGAGCAGCCUCAGGCGGGGAAGGGAGAUACCCGCUCCCCUGGUCGUAGCUCUGCUAGGCCCAAUGGUGGUGAGGGGACUGAGCAGAUUGUGACUGUAAACGAUGUGGCGGCUGAUAUCAGGUGAGUGAAGCCUUCUGUUAUCGUGUUGUACUGUAAUUCAGCAGUUUUUCUUACAGUUCACUGAAUGUUAGUGUUUUACUGUUGCUAUUCAGUUUUUCAUUCAUUCUUGACACACCGAUAAAAAAAAAUAUAUUUUUCAUCUGAAUUCCCCCCCUCAUUGUCUUGUAGCAUGAAGAAACGUUCUCUCCCUACAACUCACCCUGUCGGGGCUGAAGUCUCAGGGAAGUUGAGGAAAGUAGCUCCUGGUACAGGCCCUACAGCAGAUUCAGACGCCAACCAGACUGAUGUGUCUGCCAGUGAGGAGGGGAUGGAUCUGGACGACAGUGACAGUGACCACGUCUUCCACAGGCAGUACCUCCGAGCCCAGCUAGCCCUGCCCUCAGGAGCCUCCAGGCCUGAGAACAGCCCGGGGGCUGGGGGGGAGAGACUGGGAGCUGGGAUGGACCCCUCCAUACAGGCCAGCCUGACUGCUAACCCUCAGAUUUCUACACAGUCUGCUGUGUUACAUACCAACAGCUGUUCAAAGCCUUUAAAACCUUCCACUGUAGAACCAAUGGAGUCUGAGGUUCCGUCCUCACAGAAGGUUCCGCUUAUAGAACCAACCAUGACAGCACCCAUUUUGCUAACAGAAACUCAGGAGGACAAGGCUGUGAGCUUAACCCCUAAAACAUCCAAACCUCAAAAGAUUGCACCCAAGCCUUCUCCUUCUACCCCCUCACCUCUGACCCCCACCGUGUCCCCCUUUGCCGUCCCUAAGCCAUGGAAGAAGGGGCGUAAACCGGGGGGCAAUCGGUGGGGCAGUGCCGGAAAAGUCUUUAAGGGGACUAAGGCGGCGACAGCAGCUGUCACUGCAACCAGCAGCCCGGUACCUGUUGCUAUGCAACCGGAACUGGAUGACGUGGAGGGUCUACUUUUUGUGUCCUUCACUUCCAAGGUAAAACAUGACACUUGUGUGCGGUCAGAGUUAUGGGAAAUAGGAAUUUCAGACAUCCAGAAAUGUUAAUUUAGAAACCCCUGAGUCGGAAAUAUAGGUGGGAAACUUUGAUUAUCUUUGCUGAAGCUGCAGACAGUAUUGACAAGGUAAUAUAUUCCUCUGUGUCACAGGAAGCUCUUGGUGUCCAUGUGGAGGACAUGCCAUCCAAUAACACGUCACCAGUCACUCAGGCACAGCCAGAGAGAACUGGUAAGGGGGAGCGAAGAAGUUCUAUUCUACUGGGGCUUGUCAAUUACAGUGUACUUGGCAACAAGACCCGCUGGAGAGACACAGAAUAGAACAUGAACAUCCACUGUUAUUUUCAUUGAUUGGCAUUCACAAUACAGCAUGCGUCUCUUGAAAGACUCUCCAAUAAUGAUGACACUAUUCUAUUAUUUUCUAACCUGUGUGUGUGUGUGUGUGUGUGUGUGUGUGUGAGCAAUAGUGGAGAGUGUUGAGGAGAAGAUCGCAGGUCUGCAGACUAUCCUACUGCAAGACCUGAAAUCACUCAAACACAGACAGGUCAUCCACCCUGUCCUACAGGAGGGUGAGUGGACAACGCACACUCUGUAUUUCUCUCUUCCUCUUACUCCUUCUCCCUCUGCAUCUCUCACCACACAAACCUACCAGUCUCUGUCCAAAGAGAGUUAGAUAUUUCACAGUAAUGUCCACCAUUGAUAACCCUAACUCUUGUGUGUUAUUCCCCCUGCCUAUAGUUGGUCUGAAGUUGAGCUCCCUGGACCCAGGCCUGGCCAUCGAUCUACAGUAUCUGGGGGUGCGUCUACCGCUGCCUCUCCCUGUGUUCACUGGGCUGGGCAACGCUACCUCCACUGGUGAGUCACACUAAGUGAUGGGUAAUUUACUAGCAAUGUAGGCCACAUACAGUGGUUGUUUCUGAUAGUGGAUGAAAGUCAUAUCUCAAAGCUCUCCAGUGAUCAUGAAAUGGGAUACCAACACAAUACCUAUUAUUUACUUUCACUGUUUUAUUAUUCUCAGCUGAGUAUAUCCAUAGGUAGCGGCCCUAGGGAUGUUGUCAUAGUUGCCAACAAGGGAACGUAUUAAUAGACAUGUUAUUUUUGCCUGAUUGAGAAAUGUGAAUGCAUAGCCUAGUAGUAAAUUAAUUACACUUGAAAGAUGAUAGCGGUUUUUCAAUUGCAUGGCUCAGCUAGUUUAAUGCAUCAGAGUCACUGAGCACUUAAUAGGCAGUUUACUGUCAUCAUCCACAUUUCAUUGAACCCCCUCGUCAGUCAGGCAGAUAAUAAGGCAAGGCAAUUACGGGAUUUACACCAACUUAAACACUCAGAAUUAGCCCUAGUAAUGUGACUUCCUCCACUGUUGUACUGUGGUAGAAUGGGGGGGAGUUAAUUAUUUGAGGUUAAUGUUUGGUCUUAUAAUAACUCCCAAACCCCAACCCUGUCAGUAUUUGCAUUUCUGAAGGGACUUGAUAAGUGCAAGAUAAUGAUGGCUCUACUUAGUCUCCAAAAACCAAAGAGGUAGAGGCUAGGUGAAGGGUCUAGAGGUGAUUUGGAAUUGGGCCCGUAUCUCUUCUCUAACGGCCUUGUCUCCUCUCUGUGCAGAUGGAAGCAGGUCCUUUGUCUCCAGGACGGGGAAGACCAGUGACCUGACCAAGAUCAAGGGCUGGAGGGACAAGUUCAUUAGAAUCAAAGAGUCCUCUAAGAACCACAACCCCAACCGCUCGGCCUUCUGCAGCGAAAUGCUCGACCAAUACCUGGAGAGCGAGGCCCAGCGAAUCAGCGACCGCGCUGCUGCCUUCUCCCACAACCCCCUGGGCUCCGUGGCCUAUCAGCUGCCUGUGACCAGCACCAGCUACGUGCGAACCCUCGACAGCGUUCUGAAGACACGCGCCCCCCCGCCCCCCGCCUUCUGUAGACCCUGCCCCCUCUCUCGGAAACCCCUCCUCUACGCCGCUCUAAAGAAACCCCCUCCACCCAUCAACAACCACAGGACCCCUCCUAAAGCAGCCAAACCCAAACCCACACCAACACAUAGCAAACAGCACCAUAUAACACCACCACAUGGCAAACAGCACCAUAUAACACCACCACAUGGCAAACAGCACCAUAUAACACCACCACAUGGCAAACAGCACCAUAUAACACCAGCACAGGGCAAAGCCAGAUCUGCCUCUGUGCUACGGCCCAUCCAGGUCACCAACAGUAACAAAACUACUACUGCUAAAGCUUCAGCUGGGGUUAAAGUCACCAGCCCUCCUACUGCGCAAAGGUAAGGAAAUGCCACUGAAGACAUGUUAGACCCAUGCCAAGUCAUACAGUUUACACAUCUCUAUAUUUGUUGUUGUCCCAAAGCAUGUUUUCAUAGGAUGUUAUGUAGAUAUUUGGGAUUGAGUCUGUCUAAUAUAAGCCUACAGCAAGUUUGAUUUUUUUACCCUAAAAUGGACAAAACAUUUUCCUCGUACCUCUAGGUCUCCUCCAGGUCAGGGGGCAGUGAGGAGGGACACCAGCCCAGGAGGAGGCCUCUCCAACGGGUUGACUGGCCUAUCUAAGAACCAGCUCAGACUGGUUGGUCUCUCUAAGAUCCAGCUGAGAAUGAUGGAGAUGGAGGAUGCCACCUUCUACCAAGGACAUGACAGAACACACAUCACUACCGAGAGGGUGGAGAGAGCCCUGAUGGCACUGCUCACUGCGCAGGUAGGACUGAGAUCAUACACACACACACACACACACACUACGCGCACACACAUUUUCUGAUGGUCUCUCUCCUCAUUGUCUGUGCCUUCCAGGGUCUUCCUAAGAGCCGUGCCCCCCAGGCCAGCCUAGUGGACGGUCCAGAGUGUGGUUCUGAGUUCUGCAGACUGGGGUGUGUGUGUUCCAGCCUGGCCCGGGUGUCCAGGGGUCCACUCCACUGCUACAGGCCAGACUGUAUGUUGGGCUGCUCCUGCUUUAAACGCAAGAUCACCAAACGGACCACAGCAGCAGAGAACAACCAGCACCAGACACUGCCUGUUUACAGUAAGUUCAUACCCAGGGUGCAUUUGGGGACUUGAGAGUUGUAUUCUAUUCUUUAUUGACCAAAUGAAUGACACAUUACACAUCAACUUGAGCAAACUAAUGAAAGAGUCUUCUCCUCCUCUCCCUGCCCAGCGGUGUCUAACGUGGCGCAUGAGGUCCAGCCCAAUCGAGGCAUCCGUGUCUCUACCCUGUGGGACUACACCUCGGGGGUGGACCCCGAACCUCUCUUCACCCCGAAACCUGCCCCCAACAUACCCAUCAAGCCUCUAACCAAGAUCUACAACCCUGGUCCCAAGCGCUACAUACCUCGUCUCACCCCCGAGGUAAAUGCCUCUGUCAUAGUACACUAUGGGGCCUGGUAGUGCACUAUGCAGGGAAUGGGGUGACAUUUGUGAAACAUCCUUCCUAUGUCAUACUACCACCCUAAAUUACUCAUCAACUGUAGUGAUAUGAUGGAAACCUUGAUUUGACAAAAGCUGUAUAUGAAAAGGAGAUGAGUGAGUGUGUGUGUUCUCUGCAGCUGCGAGAGGAGGACAAGGACCCAGUCUACAAGUACUUUGAGAGUAUGAUGACGUGCGCCCGCGUCAGAGAGUUCAACAGUAAACCCCCGCCCCAGGUGCUGCCGCCACAGGUCCACCUCUUUAAGGACAGUAAUAGUUCCAUCAUCCCCAGCAGCAGAAAGGUGAGGCACAGGACACACACACAAAAUAUUUAUUGUCGGAGUAGAUGCAUUAAUAAUAAUAAUAAUAUGCCAUUUAGCAGACGCUUUUAUCCAAAGCGACUUACAGUCAUGCUUGCAUACAUUUUUGUGUAUGGGUGGUCCCGGGGAUCGAACCCACUACCUUGGCGUUACAAGCGCCGUGCUCUACCAGCUGAGCUACAGAGGACCGCAUUAAGGAGUGUGAUCGACUGGUCGAUCGAUCUUCAAGGCAUUCUUAGUCAAACGGCGAACAUUUCUGUAGAAAAGCCAAUGAUAAAGCCUUGCGCUCCUAUAAUUUUUUUCCGGUCUUGCGCUGUUGGCGGUAGGUGCACUUGAUUAAGAAGCCCUGUUGGCGGUAGGUGCACUUGAUUAAGAAGCCCUGUUGGCGGUAGGUGCACUUGAUUCAGAAGCCCUGCGUGCCGGGUAGGCAAAGUGUUCCCAUUUUGAACCAUUUUAAUUUGUCUGAAGGGACAAACUCCGCCUACCCGGCAGACCAGGAGCGCUGUGGCUAAAUCAAAUCAAAUCGCACUGUGUGCCUACUGUGCUGGCCAAUCGGAUAGCUCAAAUGACUGUGCCUACAGCUUCCAUGACCCCACAGCAAAGUUUGAUGCUAGCCUAGGUGAGAUUUCAUAACUUUUAAAACCAUGACCAAAGAGAGACUGUCAAAGAAUACAGCAAAGAGCUGCUGUUUUUAUGAGUGAGUUCAUGUUUAAGUUUUUAUUCAACACUGUUUUUAUUCAACACUUUUUUACAAAACAUAAAACACGCUUCUCCCUACUUCUACUCGCGCUGCAGCCAAGUGUAUCGAUAGCCCUGCGUUUUUAUUAUCAUUAGCAGCUCGUCGUGUCUAUUUUCAUAUCAAGGAAUAUUUCACUUUCCCUGGUCAUAGGAACAAUAUGAAUUUCUGCAUGAGGCAGAUGCGGUGAGACUCCAUCAUCAGGUGGAAGACGGUGUCCCCUCUCUCUGGUCAGUCUCACCGGAGGAAAGGAGAGAGCAGGGACCGUGAGAGGCGGACCCUAUGCUGCUCUCUCCCUCCCUCCGCUGAGACUGACCAUCAGAUGCAGGUACCAUCAGUCCAGUAAAAUAAAACAUGAUUUACAUUUAUGCUCCGCUGUGCCUCACAAGUGAUACACCAACUGAUCUAUUUUGUUAUCAAAGCUCGAGUUUUGAAAUAUAAUAUGGUCUGAGAAUAACAAUAUUGGCAGAUCAAGCAUAGAGCCAAUAUGCUGUGAUAAUGUAUUAGGCCUACUGCACAAACCCCAUUCUUACAGCACUGUUUUUAUGAGGUUAAUGUUGCAUAGACUUACAUUUUUUAAAAGUCAUGUUUAAAAUAAAUUCUGAGCGGUAGAUCUCGGCUUGCAUUUUGACUGCGAAAGUGAUCUUGACUCAGAAAAAGGUUGGUGACCACUGAUUUAGGAAGUUAAUCUAGCCACUAGAGGCAGACAAACAUUUUGCUAUGGAAGAGGAGUAACAAAGCUAGUCUAUCCUGGUCAUGUAAAAGUGAGCCCCUCUCAGUUAAUGUCAUUUAUUAAUUUUCUUGUCUUUGCAGAAAAUUAUUGCUGCCAUCCUCUCACCUCCAAAUAAACCAGGUAAGAUGGAACACAGAAUCACUGCUCACCACAGUUCUUAAGAGGCUAUUCAAGAUGUUAUGUUUUAAUCUGUUGACCCCUAAAACCCUUAACCUGUGAAAUCUGACCUUUCCCCCGUAGUAGUACGAGGGAAAAGUCCUUCCACCCAGGCCAAGAAGCCUAAAGGUUCUGAGCCCACCAGGCAGCUGGAGAUCCAGUCAGAGUGUAACUGGGACCAGCACCGGAAACUGGUCCUGGGGGUUCUGUGUCGACGCAUGACCCAGAACCGUCUGUCUGAACCCUUCAACAUUGGCCCCUACCAUGUCCGCCUCCUCUCCAACACACACACACGCAAGGCUGAGGGCACCAUCAUCAUAUUCAAGGUAGGGGGGAUAAUAACCAUUAGAAUAAAGCAAUAAACAUGCCGUUUCCGUCUUAAAGAAGCAGUUAUUUGGACCAACUCAUGCUGUCAUACACAUAAUGUUCAGAAUUGCUCUAUGUUUCAGAUUUAAAAUGCAUAAUUUGAUCAGUGCAUAGAAUCUCGAUCAGUGACAAGUUGAUGCUCAGGAGUGUGAUUUACAGUGCUUUGCAAAAGUAUUCAUCCCCCUUGGCGUUUUUCCUAUUUUGUUACAUUACAACCUGUAAUUUAAAUGGAUUUUUUAUUUGGAUUUCAUGUAAUGGACAUACACAAAAUAGUCCAAAUUGGUGAAGUGGAAUGAAAAAAAGAACACAUAAAUAACGGAAAAGUGGUGCGUGCAUAUGUAUUCACCCCCUUUGCUAUGAAGCCAAUAAAUAAGAUCUGGUGCAACCAAUUACCUUCAGAAGUCACAUAAUUAUUUAAAUAAAGUCCACCUGUGUGCAAUCUAAGUGUCACAUGAUCUGUCACAUGAUCUCAGUAUAUAUGCACCUGUUCUGAAAGGCCCCAGAGUCUGCAACACCACUAAGCAAGGGGCACCACCAAGCAAGCGGCACCGUGAAGACCAAGGAGCUCUUCAAACAGAUCAGGGACAAAGUUGUGGAGAAGUACACAUCAGGGUUGGGUUAUAAAAAAAUAUCAGAAACUUUGAACAUCCCACGGAGCACUAUUAAAUCCAUUAUAAAAACAUUUGAAAGAAUAUGGCACCACAACAAACCUGCCAAGAGAGUGUCGCCCACCAAAACUCACGGACCAGGCAAGAAGGGCAUUAAUCAGAGAGGCAACAAAGAGACCAAAGAUAACCCUGAAGGAGCUGCAAAGCUCCACAGCGGAGAUUGGCGUAUCUGUCCAUAGAACCACUUUAAGCCGUACACUCCACAGAGCUGGGCUUUACAGCAGAGUGGUCAGAAAAAAGCCAUUGCUUAAAGAAAAAAAGAAGCAAACACGUUUGGUGUACGCCAAAAGGUAUGUGGGAGACUCACCAAACAUAUGGAAGAAGGUACUCUGGUCAAAUGAGACUAAAAUUGAGCUUUUUGGCCAUCAAGGAAAACAUUAUGUCUGGCGCAAACCCAACACCUCUCAUCACCCCGAGAACACCAUCCCCACAGUGAAGCAUGGUGGUGGCAGCAUCAUGCUGUGGGGAUGUUUUUCAUCGGCAGGGACUGGGAAACUGGUCAGAAUUGAAGGAAUGAUGGAUGGCGCUAAGUACAGGGAAAUUCUUGAGGGAAACCUGUUUCAGUCUUCCAGAGAUUUGAGACUGGGACGGAGGUUCACCUUCCAGCAGCACAAUGACCCUAAGUAUACUGCUAAAGCAACACUCGAGUGGUUUAAGUGGAAACAUUAAAAUGUCUUGGGAUGGCCUAGUCAAAGCCCAGACCUCAAUCCAGUUGAGAAUCUGUGGUAUGACUUAAAUAUUGCUGUACACCAGCGGAACCCAUCCAACUUGAAGGAGCUGGAGCAGUUUUGCCUUGAAGAAUGGGCAAAAAUCCCAGUGGCUAGAUGUGCCAAGUUUAUACAGACAUACCCAAAGAGACUUGCAGCUGUAAUUGCUGCAAAAGGUGGCUUUACAAAGUAUUGACUUUGGGUGUGGUGAAUAGUUAUGUACGCUCAAGUUUUCCUUUUUUUGUCUUAUUUCUUGUUCGUUUCACUCCCCAAAAUAUUUUGCAUCUUCAAAGUGGUAGGCAUGUUGUGUAACUCAAAUGAUACAAACCCCCCCAAAAUCCAUUUUAAUCCCAGGUUAAGGCAACAAAAUAGGAAAAAUGCCAAGGGGGGUGAAUACUUUCGCAAGCCACUGUAUUAUCAUCCACUUCCUUACUUCAAGGUCUGCAUCAGUAAGGCUGAAGACGACGAUACCGAUGAUAGUGAUGAAUCCGAUGGUGAAGUCACAGACAACAGUAGUGACGACAGUGAUGAAGAUGAGGAGGAAGAGGGCAUCCCUAAGCCUGAUCCUGAGGAGCCAGAGAUGCAGGUCGGAGUGACUCCCUUCCUGACUGGAGUAGUGCCAGCAGGCAGACUGAAAGCCAGGAAGAAACAACCAACCUGUCCUGCUGUAGGACUCAUCCAGGUGGGCUUAUUAGGUUCACUUUACCUCGAUUUUGGACAUUUUAAAUCCAUUUUUGAAACGAGACCUAGCCAUAAAGUGUAGUUUGUAGUGUUUUUUUUUUUGUUAUUGAGGAGCUCCAAGUUAUUUCUAAUUUAACAAUUUUACCUAGAUUUUGUGAAAAUCUCAAUCCUCUAAAGGGAACCUGUUCUUUAUGUUAAUCUGUUCUGCUUAAAUUCUCUCCAUUCUUUCUCUUCUCUCUUUCUCUUUCUAUCUUCCUCCCCAGGUGAACGGUAAAUCCUACUCCCAGGCCAGGCUGCUGCUGGGGCAGAUGGGAGCUCUGCACCCGGCCAAUCGGCUAGCUGCGUUCGUCACCGGCAGGUUGCGCUCUGUAGCCAAGGCCCCUCAGAAGGCCUCUCAAAAGCCUCUCAACUGCUUCCCCAGGGCGAAGAAAACACCUGUAGGUGCUGGGCACUUGAAGACAGCAGCCACUGCUGUUGCUCCUCAAGGCAGUAGUAGUGUUACAGCUAUGGCUAUGGCCCAGAAAGUAUUCCAGACACCAGCAGGUAAGAUCCUUUCACUGCUCCUCAAUAGAGGCUUGAAGUAGAAGUUAUAUAAUAUAAUAAUAUGCCAUUUAGCAGACGCUUUUAUCCAAAGCGACUUACAGUCAUGCGUGCAUACAUUUUUACGUAUGGGUGGCCCCGGGGAUCGAAUCCAGUACCUUGGCGUUACAAGCGCCAUGCUCUACCAAUUGAGCUACAGAGGACCACAACAUAACCUUACUGCAACACUUGUACAUUUUGUUGUAUUGUAUUAAUUAUGAUGUAAUUAGACAGUUGAGUAACCGAAGCCUGAUGGUUCAAGGAUGGCUAUAGUUCUGUAUUAUCUCAGAAAAGGCCUCUCUUUCUUACACUGUCACUGCUGUCUGUUUCCAGGGAAGAACAGGCUUCCUCCGUACAGACCACCAUGGUCCCUAGGUGUCACCAAAUCUAAAGGUAAAACCUCCACCAGUCAAACCACCACAGACCCUAAAGACUCAGCCGGCUCUCCCCAGCUCCUGGUCCCCAUGGCCCCUCCUCCUGCCCCAGGCACCUCCCAGUGCUCGCCCCCUGGUGUGUCGCCCCCUGCUGGAAAGAAGAUGCUACUACAGACAGUCUCUUCCUCCCAGGGCUGUAAAAUGUAUCGUCAGCCCAACGGACAGUUGAUCAAGCUGGUACCUCUGAAUCAGAUGCGUCACAUAAAGGCAAAUAAUCAAGACAAGACCCCUCGUGAGUUCAUGUACUGAUGAAUGUACACACACACACACACACACACACAACCACAUCCUCAACACCCUCUUGAUAUCUUGUGUUGUCCCAACAGGUUCUGCUACUAAGCCGUCCACCCACAAGACACUCCCCCCUCCCCCUCCUCUCACCUCCUCACGCCCCCCUCGCAGCCCCCCUCCCCACGCUCCCCUCAUCAAAUUCAUCAUGGGCCAGUUGGGUGCCAUCACCCCAUCCCAGACCACCUCUUCUUCCUCCCCCUUGUCUCUCACUGUCUCCUCCUCCCUGAAGACCCCCAGCUUCCUGGGCCAGACUGGGACCUACUCCUUCAGGAUCUGUCCUCCGACUGCAGGGGACCAGGGCUCCAAGGGUCUAGGCCAGGGCACCGUGGGAGGCCCAGCUGGAGUGUCCCUGCCUGGUGGCUUCACCCUCAUCCAGCUCCCUAAGCCUGGAGGUACUGGAGGAGGUGCUCCCCGGCUACCUGAACUAAUCAGAACCACAGCCGUGGGUGACACGGUAGCAGCCUUAGCUUCACAACAAGAAGGGCAUCGUCUGGAGACCCAAUCAUCCUCUGGACCUGGAGGGGUAAAGGUACAGAAGAACCAGAGAGGAACCUCUUCUUCCUCUCCCUUGCCUCUAGCAUUGACACCAGUUAAAACAGAAGACCACUCCUACACCCCAGGGUUAAAUACCAAUACAUCUGACUCCAGAUCAGCUCUAGCCCAGAAAAAACUGAGUCUAACUCAGCCAAAGGGCUUUAAAUCUGACCGUAGAUCAGCCAAAUCCAACACCUCUUGUCCUGUGGAGCCCAAUGAGCUGACCUGUGAUGAGCAGAUGCUGUCGGACGAGAGUGAUGCAGAGAGAGGGGAGGUGGGGGAGAGAGGGGAGGUGGGGGAGGGCUCGGGACUAUGGAGCCCAGAAUCAUGGAAGAAAGACACUGAGUUCAGCAGGUUUACCACUCUAAGAAUGCAUGAGAACGGACAUCCUGAUUUUAAGGUCGAGGACUCUGAUUCAGAUUCGGACGACUCCUCGGACGACUCCUCGGACGACUCGGAUUCCGACAGUGAUAAAUACGCCAACGUAAGCGAGCUUAAUUUUUGAUGGUUUGAUUUUAGUAAUUAUUGUAUUCUGUGUAAACGUUCGCUGCAGUUGCACUUGGUUGAGUUGUGGUGUAGUGUUUUGUAAAGCCAGAUUGUGUUGUCUCACCCCAGGAGGAUGAGGAGGAAGCGGUGGACAUCGAAACGGUGGAGGAGAGGAGACAGGGAAUCACCAUCGCUCAGAUGAGGGCCACUGUCAAACACACACAGUAAGACUGUAGUGUGUGUGUGUGUAGGCUAUUUAGCUGGAUGAUUUUGCGUGAGACACUCUCAAGGAAGCUGGGGUUCAAGUAAAGGUUUUUACAUGUUUGUCUGAAAUUAAUAUUUUUCCCUAACAGAAAAAACAGUCAGGAUGGGGAAACGGCACCAAAACCAAAAGAAAAGGUAAGACCUCUCCCAUCUGUCCAUUAUAACUUCAGAGCGACAUCUUGUUUUGUAGUAUUCUUAGGCACUCUUUUACAGAGCUGUCUAAUUAAGGUCUCUCAUGUAUGGCAAAAAACAUAGUUUAAAGGGGAAUGGUAACACUAGGCUUUAGACCACCAGCUAACUGGAACUGUAAAUUGCCCUAUUGGCAUUAUUGCAUCACUGGCAGGAUUUUCAAAAAAUGUCUGAAUCCCAAAACUGGCUGAAAGACCAUGAACUCUGCGUGCAUUGAGCUAAAUUUGCUGGUGUCGAACCAUAAAUGAGACCAUAUUUUGAAAGCUGAGAAACGGCCCUUUCAAAUGAUAUGACAUACAAUAGCAUCACAGCGGCUGCUGAUUGGCUGAAUACCCGGGGCGCAAGGUGGUUGGAGUUGUCAACAAAGCAGCAUGACAGAAAAUAUGAUGCCAAGUUUUCGAACUACUGAUAGUAUCUUUAAGAUAUAUCAAGGGAUCUAUGCAUUUCUAACAACUGCAUAAAUACACCUAUUUCACUUUUGCAUGUCAAAAACUGAAUGACCACUGCUGCACAUGCUGCCACUGUUUUGAACGGAUUAGAUUAUACUAUUUAGAAUGAGCAGCCAGCUCACGAAAGAACGAGUGCACAAGGAUAGCUAACUAACAUAAUGUCACAAAGCAUGAUGCGCUAGCCAGUUAACUUUCAUUCUGAAAUAACUUCAUAUUUCUGAGUUAGAUAUUAGUUUAGAAAGACUUGAAAUUGGCAUGGGAGCUAACUAACUAGCUAGCAAGCUACCAGCGAGCUAUAGCUAGCUAGCUGCUUAUCAAAGGUAGAUGGCUAACUGGUUAAUUUGACAACAAAAUCGACCAAAAUUUUUUUUAUGUUUCUGUAGCUGACUAAUUCAUUUGAUCAUGCUUUGUGAUACACCCGGUUGUAUGCUGUUUUAGUCCCCACAUGUCGCCCUGUCACCUACAGCAGAACCUUAUAAACAACAUCAGGGGGAAACAAUCAAAAUGGCCAUGCUUGUUGUCCUACCAGAUCCGCGAUGAGAAGGUUCUAGCUAGUGUAUCCCUCUGUCCUUCGACUCUUGUUAGAUGUAGUUGUCUGUUAGCAUGACCUAUGCGCCCACGUAGGCGGAGAUGGCACUUACUGAGGGGCAGAGUAGUAACUGAAUUGCUUGUUUUUAACAAUAUAUUUUUAACCUAAAUGUACACAUUUACUGUACUUUUAUGAGCAUUUAAAACAUAAUCCAUGAAUGAUAUAUACAGUGGGGAGAAUAAGUAUUUGAUACACUGCCGAUUUUGCAGGUUUUCCUACUUACAAAGCAUGUAGAGGUCUGUAAUUUUUAUCAUAGGUACACUUCAACUGUGAGAGACGGAAUCUAAAACAAAAAUCCAGAAAAUCACAUUGUAUGAUUUUUAAGUAAUUAAUUUGCAUUUUAUUGCAUGACAUAAGUAUUUGAUACAUCAGAAAAGCAAAACUUAAUAUUUGGUACAGAAACCUUUGUUUGCAAUUACAGAGAUCAUAUGUUUCCUGUAGGUCUUGACCAGGUUUGCACACACUGCAGCGGGGAUUUUGGCCCACUCCUCCAUACAGACCUUCUCCAGAUCCUUCAGGUUUCGGGGCUGUCGCUGGACAAUACGGACUUUCAGCUGCCUCCAAAGAUUUUAUAUUGGGUUCAGGUCUGGAGACUGGCUAGGCCACUCCAGGACCUUGAGAUGCUUCUUACGGAGCCACUCCUUAGUUGCCCUGGCUGUGUGUUUCGGGUCGUUGUCAUGCUGGAAGACCCAGCCACGACCCAUCUUCAAUGCUCUUACUGAGGGAAGGAGGUUGUUGGCCAAGAUCUCGCGAUACAUGGCCCCAUUCAUCCUCCCCUCAAUACGGUGCAGUCGUCCUGUCCCCUUUGCUGAAAAGCAUCCCCAAAGAAUGUUUCCACCUCCAUGCUUCACGGUUGGGAUGGUGUUCUUGGGGUUGUACUCAUCCUUCUUCCUCCUAACACGGCGAGUGGAGUUUAGACCAAAAAGCUCAAUUUUUGUCUCAUCAGACCACAUGACCUUCUCCCAUUCCUCCUCUGGAUCAUCCAGAUGAUCAUUGGCACACUUCAGACGGGCCUGGACAUGCGCUGGCUUGAGCAGGGGGACCUUGCGUGCACUGCAGGAUUUUAAUCCAUGACGGCGUAGUGUGUUACUAAUGGUUUUCUUUGAGACUGUGGUCCCAGCUCUCUUCAGGUCAUUGACCAGGUCCUGCCGUGUAGUUCUGGGCUGAUCCCUCACCUUCCUCAUGAUCAUUGAUGCCCCACGAGGUGAGAUCUUGCAUGGAGCCCCAUACUGAGGGUGAUUGACCGUCAUCUUGUACUUCUUCCAUUUUCGAAUAAUUGCGCCAACAGUUGUUGCCUUCUCACCAAGCUGCUUGCCUAUUGUCCUGUAGCCCACUCCAGCCUUGUGCAGGUCUACAAUUUUAUCCCUGAUGUCCUUACACAGCUCUCUGGUCUUGGCCAUUGUGGAGAGGUUGGAGUCUGUUUGAUUGAGUGUGUGGACAGGUGUCUUUUAUACGGGUAACGAGUUCAAACAGGUGCAGUUAAUACAGGUAAUGAGUGGGGAACAGGAGGGCUUCUUAAAGAAAAACUAACAGGUCUGUGAGAGCCGGAAUUCUUACUGGUUGGUAGGUGAUCAAAUACUUAUGUCAUGCAAUAAAAUGCAAAUUAAUUACUUAAAAAUCAUACAAUGUGAUUUUCUGGAUUUCUGUUUUAGAUUCCGUCUCUCACAGUUUAAGUGCACCUAUGAUCAAAAUUACAGACCUCUACAUGCUUUGUAAGUAGGAAAACCUGCAAAAUCGGCAGUGUAUCAAAUACUUGUUCUCCCCACUGUAUAUAUAUAUUACAUUUUUUAUUUUAAAGACCAUGUUUUUUUGGGGGGGACCAAUCACAAGUGGGGCGCCGCCCCUAACACUCUUAUGGGCGAACUUCCGCUGCCACAUCAAACAAAUGGUAAUCAAGAAAAAAGAUCAGUGAAAAGAUCUUGUAUGAAAAUCAACCAAAAAAAUACCCAAACAAUUUCCAUUUACACAACUUCCUAAUGAAGAUAGAAAAUACCUUAGAGCAUAUUAAGUCUUCCUUGUUUUGUAAAGAUUGAAAAUCUCAAAUCAGAAUAGUAAUACCUUUCACUGUGAAUGAGUUACAGCCGUUUUAGGGAACGGUGGUCUUUUUCUAGAAUUCUAUGGAAUGUUCUGUUAUCAGAUACUUUCUUAUAUGGAUUGUAUAUUAAACACCGAUCUGCACCAAAACAUAUUACAAAUGGCAUUUAGUAUUAAAUAUUAUAAGGAAAGACAUGCACAAGUAAUAUAAUAUUAAUAAAUCAAUAACUUUAUUGAAAUAACUUUGAGGGGAGUCCAUCGUCUCACUCAAGCCUGAAAACAAAGUGCAAGUUACAUAGAAAAUUGGAAUUACAAAAUAUAAGAAUAAGGCAUAUAAUAACAAUAAUUGGCUUUUAGAACUUCAAUUUCUUCUAUACAUACAUUCCGCUAGGCCUAUAGCCUAAUACAGAGUCAAAAUGGGAGCAAAUUAAAAGUAUGCAAGAGAGGCAAAAUGACAAGUGACAAUCUGAGCUACUGGGUGAAGACUAGCAGACCAAAAUCCCACUAAUUUACCAUUUCUGCAUUUUGAUACCAGCUUUUUUGGAUAUCUGAAAGGGGUAGGAGGUAAAAAACAUGGAAAAAUAAAAGUCACCUAAAGAACUAGUCAUGAUUCCUGUAGUAUUUUCAGACCCCGUAACCAAAAUACAUGUAUUGGGUUCUGGAUGAAUGGUACUCUCCUUUUUUGCAGGUAAAUUCAUUAACACAUGCAUUGUUUAACUACUCCCUAAUUUGAACUGCAAACAGCACCCAUGGUUUAAUAACACUCCCCACCCCUCCCAAUUUGCCAGUUACCCACUGAUAUGUAUAAAAGGGGUAUACCUGCAAAUAAGGGACUGUUUAAAUAUAAACGCAACAAUGUCAAAGAUUUUACUGAGUUACAGUUCAUAUAAGGAAAUCAGACAAUUGAAAUAUAUUAAUUAGGCCCUAAUCUAUGGAUUUCACAUGAAUGGGAAUACAGAUAUGCAUCUGUUGGUCACAGAUAAUUUUUUUUUAAAAGGUAGGGGCGUGGAUCAGAACCAGUCAGUAUCUGGUGUGACCACCAUUUGCCUCAUGCAGCGUUGUCCCACUCCUCUUCAAUGCCUGUGCAAAGUUGCUGGAUAUUGGCGGGAAAUUGAUUUUAUUUAUUUAACCUUUAUUUAACCAGGUAAGCCAGUUGAGAACAAGUUCUCAUUUACAACUGCGACCUGGCCAAGAUAAAGCAAAGCAGUGCGAUUAAAAACAACAACACAGAGUUACAUAUGGGGUAAAACAAAACAUAAAGUCAAAAAAUACAACAGAAAACAUAUAUACAGUGUGUGCAAAUGUAGCAAGUUAUGGAGGUAAGGCAAUAAAUAGGCCAUAGUGCAAAAUAAUUACAAUUAGUAUUAACACUGGAUUGAUAGAUGUGCAAGAGAUGAUGUGCAAAUAGAGAUACUGGGGUGCAAAUGAGCAAAAUAAAUAAUAUGGGGAUGAGGUAGUUGGGUGGGCUAAUUUCAGAUGGGCUGUGUACAGGUGCAGUGAUCGGUAAGGUGCUCUGACAACUGAUGCUUAAAGUUAGUGAGGGAGAUAAGAGUACCCUGUCGUACGCGUCAAUCCAGAGCAUCCCAAACAUGCUCAAUUGGUUACAUGUCUGGUGAGUAUGCAGGCCAUGGAAGAACUGGGACAUUCUCAGUUUCCAGGAAUUGUGUACAGAUCUAGACAUGGGGCCGUGCAUUAUCAUGCUGAAACAUGAGGUGAUGGCGGCAGAUGAAUGGCACGACAAUGGGCCUCAGGAUCUCGUCAUGGUAUCUCUGUGCAUUCAAAUUGCCAUUGAUAAAAUGCAAUUGUGUUCGUUAUCCCUAGCUUAUGCCUGCCCAUACCAUAACCCCACCGCCACCAUGGGGCACUCUGUUCACAACGUUGACAUCAGCAAACCGCCCGCCCACACGACGCCAUACACGCUAUCUGCCCGGGAUAUAGUUGAAACCGGGAUUAAUCCGUGAAGAGCACACUUCUCCAGCGUGCCAGUGGCCAUCGAAGGUGAGCAUUCGCCCCCACUUAAGUCAGUUAAGACGCCAAACUGCAGUCAAGUCAAGACCCUGGUGAGGACGACGAGCACGCAGAUGAGCUUCCCUGAGACUGUUUCUGACAGUUUGUGUAGAAAUUCUUCGGUUGUGCAAACCCACAGCUUCAUCAGCUGUCCGGGUGGCUGGUCUCAGACGAUCCCACAGGUGACGAAGCCAUAUGUGGAGGUCCUGGGCUGGCGUGGUUACAAAUUGUCAAUAUGAUAAUUUUCUUUUGUACAGUUAUCAAAGACAACAUUAACAUCAAAAAGACAAGACGAGAAGGGCGAAAUCAAUCAAUUAGCUAGCUAGCUACCUUGCCUCGUUUUAGCUGACUGUCUACUCGGCGUGUUAUCAAAAGUUCAAGUCACAUACUCAUCAAUCGGGAAAAAUACUCAAAAAUGUAAAUAUUAUAAUUACCAACAGAAAAAAAAAUCGUAUACAAUUUCUUACCUUAAUAUUGUUGUCCUGAUCUCAAUGACAAAGCUGUCAAAGUUGUGAGAAACCUUUCAGUUCCAGUGGAGGUGAGCCACAUCCAGGUGGCAGCAUUCACUUUCUGUCCCCUGCCAAAACUCACAAUUUGCUCAACCCUGCCAAUAACGCAUUGGCGUCAGUCGCUACUAUGGCAAUUCAAGAUUACGCUACCCAUACCUCUAAUAAAGAUUGUUCAAUAUCAAAAUAAAAUAAAUAGACAUGUUUAUGUUAAAUGCACAUGUUUAGAAUUAGUGGAUGGAAUACAUCUCUUUGCUUAGUUUUACUUCCUAAAGUGUUUAUAUUCCCCUUUUAAUACAGUGCCUUGCAAAAGUAUUCAUCCCCCUUGGCGUUUUUCCUAUUUUGUUGCAUUACAACCUGUAAUUUAAAUGGGUUUUUAUUUGGAUUUCAUGUAAUGGACAUACACAAAAUAGUCUAAAUUGGUGAAGUGGAAUGAAAAAAAAUUACUUGUUUCAAAAGAUUCUAAAAAAUCAAUAACGGAAAAGUGGUGCGUGCAUAUGUAUUCACCCCCUUUGCUAUGAAGCCCCUAAAAUAAGAUCUGGUGCAACCAAUUACCUUCAGAAGUCACAUAAUUAGUUAAUUGCACACAGGUGAACUUUAUUUAAGUGUCACAUGAUCUGUCACAUGAUCUAAGUGUGUAUAUAUAUAUAUACACCUGUUCUGAAAGGCCCCAGAGUCUGCAACACCACUAAGCAAGGGGCACCACCAAGCAAGCGGCACCAUGAAGACCAAGGAGCUCUCCAAACAGGUCAGGGACAAAGUUGUGGAGAAGUACAGAUCAGGGUUGGGUUAUAAAAAAAAUAUCUGAAACUUUGAACAUCCCACGGAGCACUAUUAAAUCCAUUAUUAAAAAUUGAAAUAAUAUGGCACCACAACAAACCUGCCAAGAAAGGGCCGCCCACCAAAACUCACGGACCACGCAAGGAGGGCAUUAAUCAGAGAGGCAACAAAGAGACCAAAGAUAACCCUGAAGGAGCUGCAAAGCUCCACAGUGGAGAUUGGAGUAUCUGUCCAUAGGACCACUUUAAGCCGUACACUCCACAGAGCUGGGCUUUACGGAAGAGUGGACAGAAAAAAGCCAUUGCUUAAAGAAAAAAAUAAGUAAACAUGUUUGGUGUUCGCCAAAAGCCAUGUGGGAGACUCCCCAAACAUAUGGAAGAGGGUAUUCUGGUCAGAUGAAACUAAAAUUGAGCUUUUUGGCCAUCAAGGAAAACGCUAUGUCUGGCGCAAACCCAACACCUCUCAUCACCCCAAGAACACCAUCCCCACAGUGAAGCAUGGUGGUGGCAGCAUCAUGCUGUGGGGAUGUUUUUCAUUGGCAGGGACUGGGAAACUGGUCAGAAUUGAAGGAAUGAUGGAUGGUGCUAAAUACAGGGAAAUUCUUGAGGGAAACCUGUUUCAGUCUUCCAGAGAUUUGAGACUGGGACGGAGGUUCACCUUCCAGCAGGACAAUGACCCUAAGCAUACUGCUAAAGCAACACUUGAGUGGUUUAAAGGGAAACAUUUAAAUGUAUGGGAAAGGCCUAGUCAAAGCCCAGACCUCAAUCCAGUUGAGAAUCUGUGGUAUGACUUAAAGAUUGCUGUACACCAGCGGAACCCAUCCAACUUGAAGGAGCUGGAGCAGUUUUGCCUUGAAGAAUGGGCAAAAAUCCUAGUGGCUAGAUGUGCCAAGCUUAUAGAGAAAUACUCCAAGAGACUUGCAGCUGUAAUUGCUGCAGAAGGUGGCUCUACAAAGUAUUGACUUUUGGGGGGGGGGUUGAAUAGUUAUGCGCGCUCAAGUUUUCUGUUUUCUUGUCUUAUUUCUUCUUUGUUUCAGAAGAAAAUAUAUUUUGCAUCUUCAAAGUGGUAGGCAUGUUGUGUAAAUCAAAUGAUACAAGACCCCCAAUAAUCCAUUUUAAUUCCAGGCUGUAAGGCAACAAAAUAGGAAAAAUGCCAUGGGGGGUGAAUACUUUCGCAAGCCACUGUAGGUCUAAGAAUACCUCGGAAUACCCAAUAGAAUGCUCAAUAAGCCUUAACCUUUGACCCCUGUGCCCUGCAGCAUCAGAGGGAUAAGAGAGAGGAGGAGGGGUCUGGGUCUGGUGAGGGAGGGGGUCGUAAGAACCGCACCCUGACCGAGAGGCUGCGUCGUGGCGAGCACCAGAAGCUCUUCACCAGACUCAAACAGGUGCUGUUCAUGGAAGAACUGGACCCCAAGGUCUCCAAGCUACACCUCCUCUCACAGGUAAGGGACAGUCUGUUAUGUGGCUGUGUAACCGGCUAUUUGUUUUGGUUAAUUUUGUCCUGUUCUGUACUGUGGUAGACACAAGAAUUAUACAUUUACUUUCAUAUAUUUUUAAUUAAUAAACUCAACUUUUUCAUGGUCGCAUUUUUUACCUCUGUGCUUCCCAUAGGUUUGCAGCUUGGGUAUAGAUGGUUAAUAAUAAAGAUACAAAAGGGAUUUUAACAUUUCAUUAUUAUUUCAUCAGGCUCUGAAGGAGAUUCGUACCCUGUCGGUGGACUCUGAGUCUCUGGAGGAGAAGAAGAGGAUGCUGACUGAGAUCCAGUCUGUCUAUGUCAAGGAGAUCGCAUACAUGUCUGGUACGUCUGACUGGAGCUACUUACUUAAUCACUUACUUACUUAAGCACUUACUUAUUUACUUACAUACUUAACAACUUACUUACUUAAUCAAUUACUUACUUAACAUGUACUUAAUACUUGGUUACUUUAUCACUAGCUUACUUUAUCACUAGCUUACUUUAUCACUAGCUUACUUUAUCACUAGCUUACUUUAUCACUAGCUUACUUAAUAACCUACUUACUUAAACACUUACUUGAGAUACUUUUAUUAUGUGGUUGUUUCUGCCUCAGUAUUACCAGAGAUUCAUUCAACAUGUUUUGAAGGCAAGAAGCAUAUUAAUGUGAACUCGGAUGUGUUUUUUUUUUUUUUUUUUUAUUGUAGGAAAGCCAGAGGAGCUGAUCAUGGCCAAGCUGAAGGAGAUCUGGGAGAAGAAACGGACUCUGGCUGCCCAGAGGAGAGCAGCUGUCCCCCCUACCUCCACCUCCUCCUCUACCUCCCAGGUCUCCUCCUCCACUACUUCCACCCCUAGUCCCAUCACCCUGACAGGUAAUAAUAACCUGCUUCUUAUGUCUGACAACAGGAGGUAUUCAGAUGCAGCUUUGGAUUUGUGACACCUUUUUAAUAAUUAUCAUUUUACUGCAUUGGGCUAAAUCAGGGUUACACAGUGUUUCUUGGUACUCUUAAACAAAUCUAUACACCUAACACACAUGGUUAUGGUCUUUUAUAAAAAAGACCCCUGUACCAUGUCAGAUAUAGUUGAAAUGUUGAGUUUGCAUCCCAAUAUUACACUUUAUAUACAUCACAGAAGACUGAAAUAUAACAAAACCGUUUGACAUAGAAACACUGGAUUUCCUGCACGUUUUUUGAAAUAAUGUUGAUUAAUUAUACAUUAUGAAUAAUGUUCCACCCAUGAGGUGACUAGAGGGCAAUUUGGGCAUUUGACUGCAAGAAAGGCUAUGAGGUAUGACCCUGCCAGCCCCCCUAGAUAGCUAGUGUCUACAGGCUUUUGUACCAUCCCUACACCUACGCACCUGAUUCACCUGUUUCUGUGGGAGUAUGGCCACUAAGCAGGAUCAAUGAGUUAGCCAGCUAACUUUGAUAAACCAUUUAGAUAUAGCUCUUAUUUAUCUGUAUAUCCCAGUGUCCCAGGUGUCUCAAGCUAGCUCUCUGGGUCAGGCAGGAGCAGCUAGUGGCUCUGUGAAACCAGUGGCUGCUGUUCUACGCACCAAGAGCGGCAAGAUCAUACUUCCUGCUUCCAUGCUUCCCCCUUCCAUGCUUCGUGCUUCCAAACCAGGUGAGCGCAUACAGGAACAGGACACCCAUAUUUGGUCUCUCACGCUCAUGUUUAAGAGAUUAUGCAAGUUCUAUAUCUAAAUAUGAAAUAUCAACAAUGCUGAAUUGGAAGAGCGUAAUAACUGUGUUUUGAAGUCCAUUUGCACACUAUAUGGGUAAAAUGUGCCAAGGGUUAUGAUCGUUAGACUGGCAUUCUGACUAGAAUAUGUUGUUGUGAGUCUGUCAGUCUAACGGUUGUGUAUUUCCUUUAUCCACAGCAGGAAGAGCGGUCUACACAGUGAAAGUUAUGAAGAGACCAUCAACAGCCAUCUCUCUCUCCAACCCCACCUCCUCAGCAGCCAAGGAGGUUGUGGAGAAGGUGAGAGCUGAGGAAAAGGAGUAUAGGCCCCCGACUAUCCACCCCGCACAGCCCCUCUCUCAGACACCUGACCCACAGCCCUCUGUGUCUGCCUCUGGCCCUGAGAAGAAGGACCAGGGGAGAGUGUCUGGGGAGGCUGAGAAGCCCUCAGACAGCCCAGCAGAGGAGAGGCCAGAGGUAGGUAAGGAGGAACCACAGGCCCCUGUCUGUAAUGGAUCCAUGGAAGAAGAGACUUCCACAGAGAAGGACAACAGCUCAACUCCAAAAGAGAAGAAGUCACUGAUCAAUAAAAACUCAAUCAAGAGGCUUUCUGGUAUGAAGUGUCCCCUCGUGGAGAUUGCUCCCCUAAACAGUGCCAUCUGGAGGCCGUUGGAGGAACUGCAGAUGGGGGGUGAGAGUGACGCUGGAGGCUGGGGCCUGUCUCUGACCAAGGGAGAGGCAGCCAUACUGGUGAAGGCUCUCUCUGAACACCAGGGCAUAGUAGUGGGGCGGAAGGGAAAGGAUAGCCCGGUCCAACACAAUGGAAAGAAGAGCUCUGUGACACUAAAGGGCAAGAGUAGCUCAGUCACACCGAAAAUAAAGGAUAGCUCAGAACUACAAAAAGAACAGGAUAGCACGGUGUCGCAGAAAGAAGCUGAUCGCUUGGUCCCACAAAAGGGAAAGGAUAGCUCGGUCACACCAAAGAAAAAUGAUAGCUCGAUCAUUCAGAAGGCAGAGGUUGGCUUGGUGACAUCAAAGGAAAAGGAUGGUUUGUUGACACAAAAGGGAGAGGGAGGCUUCACAGACGGCUCAGAGGCUCAACUAGUGAAGAGGAAACGGGGAAGGCCUCGCUUGGACAUCAAAACACCACCAGCUGACAUCAAGACACCACCAGCUGACAUCAAAACACCACCAGCUGACAUCAAAACACCACCAGCUGACAUCAAAACACCAGCAGCUGACAUCAAGACACCACCAGCUGGAGAUAUCACUACUAACCCUGCUCCGCGGGGUCGGCCCCGUAAAGUAUCACGGAUUGGGGUGAAUAGCUCUGUGGCAACGACUGGUGGCAACGACCAGGCCAACGUGACACAAACCGCGGGUAGUACUAGUAACCCUACCCCAGUGUCUAAACCUGGGGGUAUUCUUGUGACUAACACUGGGGGUGGUGAAAUCCAACUAACACCAAGGGAACAUAGCCUUAGCCCUACGAGGCGGGGUAGGCCUCCUAAAGUACGAUGGGUUGGGGUUACUACUAGCCCUGUGGUGACGACUGGACCUGGGGGUAGUACCCCUACCCCAGUGACUCAAGAUGGGGGUAGGCCUGUGAAGAGUGCUGCCGGUAGCCCUGCAACUUUGGGUAGGCCACCCAAGGUGCGGCGAGAUGGUUCUAGUCCGGCCAAGGUGACUAGGGAUGCGGUUACUAGCCCGGCUCCUGUAACUCGGGCAGGGUUAAACCCGGCGAGAUGGACUCGUGCUGGGGGAGGUAGCCCUGUGGUGAAGACUGAGGGCAGCCCAUCCAAACCUCCACGAGGAGGAGCUGAGGUUAAUAGCCCUGUAGCCAUGACUAAAGGAAGCACAGGUAAAACGCCACAGGCUGUGGGUCGGUCUGGAACACGACAUGUGACCCGCGCUGUAGCGGUGAAGGGCCCUGUCAGUGGGAAGAGGACGACAAGGUCUGAUAAGGCCUAG